GCGCGCGUCCCCGUCCCCUCGGGCUCCCUCGGCGGCUCUCCGUCCUUGGCGGCGGCGGCGGCGGCGGGGCGAGGGGCGGCGGGCGAGGCGCGGGAACCACCCGGGCAGCAUGGUGAUGGCCGAGCCCCGGCGGUUCCCCCCGGCCGCCGCGCUGCUCCUGCAGCCGCCGCCGCCGGCCCAGCCUUCGCCCCGCGGCGCCUCGGUGCCGGUGCGCGUCGGCUUCUACGAGAUCGAGGGCACGCUAGGCAAGGGCAACUUCGCCGUGGUCAAGCUGGGCCGGCACCGCAUCACGCGCAGCGAGGUGGCAAUAAAAAUCAUCGACAAAUCUCAGCUAGAUUCUGUGAACCUGGAAAAAAUUUACCGGGAGGUACAGAUCAUGAAAAUGCUGGACCAUCCACAUAUUAUCAAGCUUUAUCAGGUGAUGGAGACCAAAAGCAUGCUGUACCUUGUGACAGAAUAUGCCAAAAAUGGAGAAAUAUUUGAUUACCUGGCCAAUCGUGGACGUUUGAGCGAGACGGAUGCCAGGCGCAAAUUCUGGCAGAUCCUCUCGGCUGUGGAAUACUGUCACAGCCGGAAGAUCGUGCACCGGGACCUCAAAGCGGAGAACCUCCUGCUUGAUAACAACAUGAAUAUUAAGAUAGCAGAUUUUGGGUUUGGAAACUUCUACAAAAGUGGUGAGCCUCUGACCACGUGGUGUGGAAGUCCACCUUACGCAGCUCCCGAGGUCUUUGAAGGCCAGCAGUACGAGGGGCCACAGCUGGACAUUUGGAGCAUGGGUGUAGUCCUUUACGUCUUAGUUUGUGGAGCUUUGCCUUUCGAUGGACCGACCCUCCCCAUCUUGAGGCAGCGAGUUUUGGAAGGAAGGUUCCGUAUCCCCUACUUUAUGUCUGAAGAGUGCGAGCAUCUCAUCCGGAGGAUGCUGGUUCUGGAUCCAUCCAAGAGACUCAGCAUUGCCCAGAUUAAGGAUCACAAGUGGAUGCUAAUAGAGGUUCCGGUCCAAAGGCCCGCUCUCUAUUCCCAGGGGCAAGAGAACGGACCUUCUAUCGGAGAAUACAACGAGCAGGUCCUGCGGUUGAUGCACAGCCUGGGGAUUGACCAGCAAAAGACCAUCGAGUCCCUGCAGGAUAAGAGCUACAAUCACUUUGCUGCUAUCUAUUACUUGCUGGUAGAGAGGCUGAAGUCCCACCGCAGUAGCUUCCCCGUCGAUCAGAGGUUAGACUCUCGCCAGCGGCGACCCAGCACCAUCGCCGAGCAGACAGUUGCCAAGGCUUCUGUGGCUCCUGUAAACUUGCACUCUCCAAACGCGAGGCUACGAAGGUCUCCUGGCCUCCCGCCAACAGUAGAAGCGUUCUCCUUCCCCAGAUCCGUCUGCCAGGUGGAAUCAACUUUCAUGGAAGAAGAGAGAGUCGACACACCCAAAGUGAACGGCUGCCUGUUGGAUCCCAUUCCCCCGGUGAUGGUUCGGAAGGGGUGCCAGUCGCUUCCAACCAGCAUGAUGGAAACUUCCAUCGACGAAGGGAUAGAAGCGGAAGGGGAAGCGGAAGCGGAUCCCGCCCAGGCCUUCGCAGCGCUGCAAGGAUCUCGCAGUGGGAAGAGGCGACAUACCCUGGCCGAAGUGACCAACCCCCUCUUGGCCAUGCCAGGCCCAGGAAAAGUCUUCUCCAUGGAUGAGAACCAAUCCUUGAGCAGUGUUGACUCGGAAUAUGACAUGGGAUCUAUCCAGAGGGAUUUAAACUUCCUGGAAGACACCUCCUCCUUGAAGGAAAUGGUUCUGGCCAACCCACCAGCUCCGAGGAUGACCCCUCCUUUCAUUGGCCUGAGACCGCCUAAUCCAGCUAUGCAGGCAUUGGCUGCCCAUAAACGGGAGAUCCACAAUCGUUCCCCGGUCAGCUUUCGGGAGGGGCGCAGAGCCUCGGACACAUCCCUGACGCAAGGAAUCGUAGCGUUCAGACAACACCUUCAGAACUUGGCCAGAACCAAAGGAAUCCUGGAGCUGAACAAAGUCCAGAUGUUGUAUGACCAGAUGAGGUCAGAAGAUGAACCUUCUCUGGAAUCAGCUUCUCCUCACUUGCCAGACCUUGAGGGUGGCUCCCAGCAGGAAGAGGCGUCGUCACCACAGGAGGCGGCUUCCACCUUCCCCAGCAGCCUCCAUCCCCCGUUGCUCGCCAGGCGCCAGAGCUUAGAAACGCAGUAUUUGCAGCACCGGCUUCAGAAGCCCGGCCUGCUUUCAAAAGCCCAGCACGUGUGCCAGGUGUUUUGCAAGGAGAUACCUCGGAGCCUGGAACAGCAGCUGCAGGAGCACAGGCUGUAUCAGAAGCACCUCUUUCUCCAGAAGCAAUCCCAGCUGCAGACUUACUUCAACCAGAUGCAGAUCGCUGAGAGCACCUACUCCAGAUCCGGCCAGCUGCCCCUCCCUUGCCAUGAGGAUCCCCCUCCUCCUCCUCCCCAGUUCAGCCUGGUGCAGGCCUUGAGCCCCGUCAUGGAGCCUCCGUCUGCCGAAGACAUGCAAUAUGACCCUUUCCUCAGCCAGUAUCAGAAGCUCCAUCUUGACCACCAACCUCCUCCCGCCCUCCACGGCUCCUCCCAGGUUCCCCUGCCAGCACCCUCCCAGCCGCAGUAUUCCUACCAGACUUGCGAAGAGCUACUUGGCCUCUCCCCUGACCUGAACUAUGCCGGCCAGCCUCAGUAUCCCCUGGACCCCGGCCAGCAGAGUGGUGUAGCCGUGGGCAGUGUCCAGAGGGCCUCAGGUCCUCCUGGCUCUCAGUCCAGCUACGACACCUUAAACCUUGCCCAGCUGCCGGGGCUCUUGGAUUGCGAAAUGAUGGAGACGGUGGAUCCCCAACACGGAGGCUAUGUCUUGGUGAACUAGCAGCUUGGGAAGCCUUCUGGAGAAGAGGACGGCGGGUCGAAGUCGAGUCACACCACGGCUGUGGAUUGCCAUCUGUGCUCUGUCUCCCGCCUCCCCGGCGGUUUCUCCCGAUCCUUGAGCGUCACGGAUGACGAUCUAAACUCUCUGAACUGAUACUAGCGGAGAAGGGCCACGUCUCCCUUCCCGGGAGAGCCGGAGGGGCUGGAGGCAGACCCUGCACCUUCCCCAGAACAAAGAACUGCUUUGAAGGGAAGGAGACCCACCCGCUUGGGAGAAGGAAGAAAUCUUUCGUAUUCUACUCGCCUCUGUCAGAGGAAACCUGGGAGAAUUCAGGAAGAGCAGUGAAUUUGCUCUACACCAUACUUGGCAAUAAAAGCAAUACAUUUUUUUUUCAUUGGAA